ACACAUGCCACUGCUUCACUCAGUAAUAAUAGACAGUUAAAAAGGUAAAUUGGUGGACGUCCAGCUCGUGUCAGAGAAAAAGAAGAAAGCACCUCCGUUUUUGGCAGUGCAUUUUCAACACGUGGCAAAGGGACAACGUAAUCUAGUAGACGCAAUUUUUUGCAUUAAAGCACAGGUCAAGACAACUGUAGACACCUCCCCUAGCAAUUUACUAUCGACAGAUCCGAACAUUUCCAACAGGAGUGACUGCAUGCAUGUGAGAGUCUGCACGUAGCAUUCAGACCCAGAGCUUAGAAACCAGCCCUAACCAGCAGAUGGCCAACAGUGCAACGAAACGUCGCAGAUAGGACGAGCUAUCGGACCGUGCGCAUCUUCUUCCGCUAACUGCACCGAGUCCGUUCGAGCCAGAGGACAAACCGUGGACAUAACGUUACUUCUGCUAACGUACCGGAUGCUCUGGUUUAGGAUGGAGCUACCAUGUUGGUGUUUUCUGUUGCUGUGCUGUCUGCAGCCACUCUCAGCCCACAGUGACUUCUUCACCUCCAUAGGCCAGAUGACAGAUCUGUUAUACACAGAAAAAGAUCUGGUCACUUCUCUAAAGGACUACAUCAGAGCAGAGGAGAACAAACUAGAGCAAGUCAAACGGUGGGCUGAUAAAUUGGAUUCGUUGACAGCCACAGCCACACAGGACCCCGAGGGCUACCUGGGGCACCCUGUGAAUGCCUUCAAACUGAUGAAGAGGCUGAACACAGAGUGGGGGGACUUGGAGAGCCUUGUACUCAGAGACACUACCGAUGGAUUUAUUUCUAACCUGACUCUCCAGAGACAGCACUUCCCAACUGAUGAGGACCAGACCGGGGCUGCUAAAGCUCUCCUCCGCUUGCAAGACACUUACAGACUGGAUGCCAACACCAUCUCCACAGGAAACCUCCCUGGAGUGAAACACAAGAGUCAUAUGACAGCAGAAGACUGUUACGAGCUGGGGAAAAUCGCCUACUCUGAGGUUGAUUACUACCACACAGAGCUGUGGAUGGCCCAGGCCCUGAAACAGCUCGAUCAGGGAGAGGAGUCCACUUUAGAUAAAGUUGCAGUGCUUGACUACCUCAGCUAUGCCAUCUACCAGCAAGGGGAGAUAGAGCGAGCCCUGGAAUACACUAAGAGGCUGCUUGAACUGGACCCAGAGCACCAACGUGCCAAUGGCAAUCUGAAAUACUUCGAGUUUCAGUUGGAGAAACAGAAAAAGGCUGCGGAGGAGGAAGCUCAAAAACAGAAGGAGCGAGGGAAAAGAGAAACACCAGAAAAGAAGAAGAAGAAGCCCAAAAGGGUCUCUGAUCAUCUGAUCCCAGAGAGGAAGAAGUAUGAGAGGCUUUGUCGUGGGGAAGGCAUCAGAAUGACCCCCCGAAGGCAGAGCAGGCUGUUCUGUCGUUACUACGACAACAGUCGCAACCCCAGGUAUGUGCUCGCGCCUGUCAAACAGCAAGAUGAGUGGGACCGCCCCUACAUUGUGCGCUACCUUGACAUCAUCUCAGACAAAGAAAUCGAGAAGGUCAAGCAGCUGGCAAAACCAAGAUUAAGGCGAGCCACGGUGCAUGACCCCCAAACUGGGAAACUUACUACGGCCCAAUACAGAGUCUCCAAGAGUGCUUGGCUCACUGCCUAUGAAGACCCUAUGAUUGAAAAGAUCAACCAGAGAAUUGAAGAUCUCACAGGGCUGGAAAUGGACACUGCAGAAGAGCUGCAGGUGGCAAAUUAUGGCGUUGGAGGUCAAUACGAGCCUCACUUUGACUUUGGAAGGAAAGAUGAGCCAGAUGCCUUUAAAGAGCUAGGCACUGGGAACCGUGUAGCAACAUGGCUCUUUUAUAUGAGUGAUGUAACAGCAGGUGGAGCCACAGUAUUCCCAGAUGUUGGUGCAGCAGUUUGGCCUCAAAAGGGUACUGCAGUGUUCUGGUAUAAUCUGUUUGCCAGUGGGGAGGGAGACUACAGUACCCGGCAUGCAGCUUGUCCAGUAUUGGUGGGCAACAAGUGGGUAUCAAACAAAUGGAUCCAUGAACGAGGCCAGGAGUGGCGGCGACCUUGUGGCCUAAAUGAAACUGAAUGAUGGAAACAGAAAACCUCCCUGUUUAUCACUCUGCUUCCUUGUGGCCCACCCAGGACCAAAGAGCACUGCUGCAGAUCACAGAUGAUAUAUAUGGAUGUAUGGGGUCCAUUCUCACUCCCUCUCUACAAACACUACUUUUCCCCCAAGUUAUAUUUUGAACCCAGAGAUUGUUUGGGUUAACAUCAAGCCUCUGGACAGUAUUAGCUGUGACACAUAAGGUUGUUAAUGUUUGGACAGAUAGUCUUAGUUUGGAGAAACACUCCCUUGUCACUCUCAUGUGUAUUUCUUUGCACUCUGUAUGAACUCUUUGGCUCUGUGGUAUGUAUGACACUAGAGACCAGUUCAUGUUUUUAAGAGGCUUCUCUGAUUGAUUGCAUUUCUUUAAUUCUGUGAACAGAGCAUAUGGCCUGUAGUUUUUUUAAGACAAAAUGAGAUU